CUGAGCACGCCGAGCGUCACGGCCAGCGCGACCUGCGGCAGCGGCAGCCGCCCCCACAUGCCGCCAGGCGGCGCUGCUGUACCUGCGCCCACAGACACACGCGUGAGACCGGCCGUGGCCCCGCGCUCCCGGUCCGCACCUUCGGUCCCCGGCGGGGAAACGGCCGAGGAGACGGGGGCAGAGAGCGCAGAGGCCCCACUCCGGGAGGGCAGCGCCCCGCGGCUCCGGGCAGCGCCGCGACGGACCCGCCGCGCCUCACCUGCAGGACGGGAGACCACAGAGCGCGGGCCUCCCGCUCGCUAGCGUGACCGGAAGGAAGUGCCACGCGCUGGCCCGUUCGCCGCCGGAAGCGCGGCCCCGCGGAUGGAGGGCAGCGUGGAGCUGGCGGCGCGGGAGCCCGGGGCCGCGCGGCUCCGCAGGCGGCGGCCGGUGCUGUACAGCGCCCCCGGCUGGGCCGCCGGGCAGCGGCGCGGCGGCGCUGCCGGCGGGCCCGCGUGGCUGCUGCCGCUGACGGUGGCGCUGCGGACGCUCAACUGCUUCCUCGUCCAAACCAGCUUCGUCCCGGACGAGUACUGGCAGUCGCUGGAGGUGGCGCAUCGCAUGGUCUUUAAUUAUGGCUACCUAACUUGGGAAUGGACUAACGGCUUAAGGGGCUAUUCCUACCCACUGAUUUUUGCAAGCAUCUACAAAGCUUUGCAGCUGCUGGCAAAAGAUGAUGUUCAGCUGCUGAUAUGGGUCCCUAGACUUUCCCAGGCAGUGCUGGCAGCUUUUGCUGAUGUGAAGCUUUACUCUUUAGUGCGACACCUUGAAAAUGCAGAAACAGCAAAGUGUGUGUACUUCUGCCAGCUGUGUUCUUGGUUUACGUGGUAUUCCUGUACCAGAACUCUAACGAACACCAUGGAAACUCUUCUUACCAUUUUUGCACUUUCCUACUAUCCAAUAAAAGGUUCCAAGAUGGGGAGCAGUUGCAAAUAUUUAGCUUUGACAGCGCUUGCAACUGUUAUUCGUCCCACGGCAGUUAUCCCAUGGAUACCUUUGCUCUUUAGUCAUUUUUUGCAAGAACACAGGAAAGCAGAACUUAUCCUACACAACUGCAUUCCAGUUGGAUUGGUCACAGUAGGAACCUCUUUAAUAAUUGACCGUGUGUUUUUUGGUGAGUGGGUGCUAGUUCAGCUGAACUUCUUGAAAUUCAACGUGCUCCAGAAUUUGGGAACAUUUUAUGGAUCUCAUCCUUGGCACUGGUACUUCACUCAGGGACUACCAGUCAUCUUGGGUACCCAUCUGCCUUUCUUUAUUCAUGGUUGUGUGCUGGCACCAAAAAGGUAUCGCAUCUUGCUAAUGGCAGUGAUUUGGACAGUGUUGGUAUACAGCACACUGAGCCAUAAAGAAUUCAGGUUCAUCUAUCCAGUACUGCCAUUUUGCAUGUUUUUUUGUGGAUAUUCUUUGAAACACCUAAAAGCAUGGAAGAAAUCUGCAGUAAGUUUCCUGCUUUUAUCCAACUUGCUGCCAGCCCUGUAUACAGGCUUGAUCCACCAACGAGGCCCUCUGGACGUUAUGAGUCACAUACAGCAACUCUGUAAUACCCCCUACCAGUCACAAGCUUUUGUGUUCAUCAUGAUGCCGUGCCACUCUACUCCACUUUACAGUCAUGUUCACUGUCCUCUAAAAAUGAGAUUCCUUCAGUGUCCCCCAGACCUAACCGGAAAGGAGAACUAUAUUGAUGAAGCAGAUGUGUUUUACUCUAAUCCACUUCGUUGGCUUACUAAGGAGUUCUACAAUGAUACAUUAUUACCCAGUCACUUGAUCUUCUUCAGUGUGCUAGAACAGGAAAUAUCAUCAUUUCUAGCUUUAAGAGGCUAUGAGAAAAUAGCAACUGUCUUUCACACUCAUCUGCCUCAAGGACGAGUUGGAAGCCACAUCUACGUCUACAGGAAAAAAAAAAAAACUGAAAUGAAUUAUACCUGAAGAUCAAUUUCUAGCUCUAAGACCUAAUGAUAUCAGUUUGCAUAGUAGUACUAUGCUUAGAAGAACUUGUACCGCAGAAAAGAGAGUAGUGACUCUGAAAUCAGGUAAGCCAAAUGGAGAAGUCCGAUUAAGCAACCAUUGGCUGGCUGGAACCACACGAACCUCUUCCUGAAGGCAACUUCAGUAUCAGUAUGGCAGGGUGGGGGUGUUGACCUACCUUAACAGCACUAGAAAACAUCAGGAAGACUAGAGUUACCAAACGACUACUGAAACGGUAUGAAAUUAGACAAGACUGGACCAUUUUUAGAGAACUGUACAGCUAUGCUAACUUUGCUUUAUAAAUAACGACUUUCACCCACAAUGUAUCUUUAUUUUUCUUCUACAAUAUGCAGAUAUGCAAGACAUAUCAAGUGCUUACAUCAGCAAGCUGAUUAGAAUGCAGCACAGCAAAUUCUUCACAAUUUAACAGGCUUUUAAGCUCCCCGCAAAGACAAGAAGCAAGGAUAAGAUUACAAAACACUAACAAAUACAUUACCAUAAUGUAGAUCUAUUUUUGAAGGAUGAGAUGGAAGUUAGUAUAUCAAACAUUGGAGUUAAUUAGGGGUACAUUAUGUAUGACUGAAGCUUUAACUACACUAAUGCAAUGCAAUUAAGCAUAUUUUUCAUACACAAAUCAUUGCAUGCCUAGUUUCUGCAACAAUAGUGCUGGCACCCGAACUAUCAUUGCUUCCAAAGAACAGCUAAAGCACCAGUACAGAAUAUGCAAAUUAGAAAGCCUGACCUGGGCCUUUCAACAAAAAUGUGUAAAAAUCAAAUUAUGUCGAGAAAAAACUUGCAUCUUGCUGCUUUGCUGAAAAACAAAGUUUCCAGAGAGCAUGUAAAUUCUAAUCUUAUUUUUACCAUAAAUUACUCAAUAUUUUGGAUCAAAAGGUAAUUGCCCCAAUUCUAUUUCAAGAUUUGCCAUGUAUCUUCCAUUUGUGCGACCGUGUUUAUGCCAUUUACCUUCUCUUUUAUUACGGUGGUGGUACUUCUGAGCUUGUUUUUCAUGUCUGGAAUUUUCAGUUUGUGUAAAAGAAGGCCUUUUAGGUCGACUGCAAGGAGUAAACAAAAACUUAUUACUACUCUUACAGAAACAUCUCUCUAAAAGCAUUUUGAAAUAAUUACAUUGGCAAGAACAGCUUUUAACAUGCUGAAGUUGACUGAAAAGAAAAAUUGGUGUUAAGUAGUCUUUUCUCUCGCGAGCAAAAGGGAGGCGGAUUUGUUUGCUUAAAUCCUCAACAAGAUUGUAUAUUUAAAAGAAAUCCCUUCUAAAAAUAAAAAUGCCCUGCAGCUGGUUGCCUAAAGUUCUUUUUAGAAUAAAGCCAGUUAAAGAGCUGUUUGAUUAUCCCUACUGUGAUGCCCAAGUGAGGUCUCAAUCUAUUACAGUUUUUCUGUGACAUUAUGCCCUAUAAAAAUGCUGAAAACUUUCUGAACCCUUAGGAAAGCAUGCUUUAUGUACACAUGCACACUUCAAAGGUGUCAUGUUAAGUACAUACAGAGAGAGGAGGCACUGGCUGUUGCUCACCUGUUGCGGUUUGAUGCAAAAGCUGAUUAUACUAUAUGCUGUUAUCAUGAGACUGGUACCUCUGGCCUUCAGCUAAGUUACAGCUACUUUCAUAUGAACCUCUGUACAGUACUACCAGUAAAUUAAUUUCAAAUUCUGGUUUUCUGCAGUCUGAACUUAGAAGUGCUCAAAAAUAAAGUAUUUUAAUCCAUUAAAAAGCAAAGCUAAUUUUAAUAACAAAUUAGCAAGAAAUAUUUCAAUUAUAAAUAAAACCAACAAAUCUAUGUCAUGUGUUUGCGGAAACUACACAUUAAAAAAAGCUACUUGGUAGCUGAGAAUACGAGUAUCAUCCUCAUGGUUCAACUUUUAGAGAAAGUACUACUUCACAUAAUAUCUAGUAACCUCAAUGUAAAGUAUUCAGACUUCCUGCUGCAACAAAACACAUGAAAUAAUAAACCACAGAAGUCCAAAAGAGAAACCUGACUGAAGACCCUGCACCUUGAUCUAAAUGGUCUUUGCAUUGAAUACCAGCACAGGGAAAAGUUCUGUUACGACUACAAGGACAAUUUCUUUUGUAUUAUAAGGACAACUUAUAAAGUAGCUAAUAUGUAACAUUUUUUCUUACC